AGACCAUUCGUUCAAUAGACUACGGUAAAAAUGACUAGUUCUAACAGUCGACGCCAGAAUGGAGAUUCCGAUAGUUCCAGCGAAGAAGAAUCCGAGUACCGCAAACAACUUGAUAGAAUGGAAAAAAUGCUUGGAGAUGAUUCCUGGGCCGAUGACAAUCAUGACGAGAUGAAACGAAAAUUCAUCAUGGAAUUCGGUUCCAUCGUAGGCAAGCCCUCGCCGGAGGAUGAGGAUCAGAAGAAGAAUAUAUUACACAUACUGGCAUCAAAAAAGUCCCGCCGAUUCCAUCCCAUGAUUCAAUGGAUGAUUGGCUAUCUGGAUGAUAAGAAGUACUUGAAUCAGUUACUAAGAGACGGCAGUGACGCGGAAGCGAAGCCACUGACGUCGGCGAUCAAGAAUAAGAAUAUCACAUUCAUUAAAGCCAUCCUCAAGAGCAAAACGGCCGAGCUUGGCGAUGUUCUAGGGGAUUACGUUGAAAAUCGACGUAACUGUAUCCACUAUAUAUUCAAGAAAAACAUUCCAGCCGAAAUUUCCCAACAACUCAUAGAGAAGGCGAGUGAAGAUACGCUUGCGGCCCAAGAUGUGGAUGGCGCGACUCCCCUUCACAUGGCUGCCGAGAUAAGUAGUAGCUCAAAGGGAAAUCAACUUGAUACAGUGAGAACAUUCUUGAAGUAUGGUGAUAAAGCACUCGAUCGAUAUAGAAAGGCAGGAGGAUAUGGCUCAGUAUACCAGCGCUUUCAGGAAUCAUUAAAUAAGAGGAAUAAAUAUGAGAAUCAGAAUGAGCUUGCCUCGGGAAAAGUAGAAAACGAUAUCGAAAGCUGGCCCAGCCAGGACACAAGUACGAAGUACGGCCAAGAUGAAAGUAAGGACGAAAAGGAAAGGAACAAAAGCCAAGCUCAGAAGGAGAUGAGCAGGAAGGCAUCGGGGAGAAAGAUUUACAGGGAAAAUGACUUCCAGCCAUCAUCCCCCAAUCGUGUGUCGACCUUCGACUCUCAGACAUCAGCCCAAUACCAACCAAACGAAGGGCGACGGGUUGACGUCCCGAAAAACUCGAAUUCAUUUGAGAUCGCCCCGCAAAAUAGCGCACAGACGAAGUAUCUGGAAAAGGCUGCUCUAGAAGUGAAGCUACACUAUCUUCGUACGACCUUAAGGCACGAUAGCGGUAGAACUCAUGACGAUGCGAAGAAAUUCCUUUACGGUCCGAACGAGAAAGACCACAAGCAUAUUUCCUUCCCCUUUCGUGAGGGACCACCAACUCUUUCGCGCGAUGUAUUUAAAGCGACGUACGACGAUUGGGUUUUUGACACCGCUCUGCAAUCGGUUGCCGUUCGUCGACUUGUAUUCGGAGGUAAAGAUGCGGAUAAAAAGGUUACAAAAACCGGUAGGAGGGAUAUGGAAUUCCUAUUCAAUUGGCUUCGCGGAAAAGGCGUUCGUCAUAUUAUCAAAGUUAUUGUUCUCGACCAGGAAUUCCCGGCCCAUAGCGACGAAUCCAUUGAGUUGGCCUUGAAAGAUUUUAACAUUGAGGUCCUAGAUUGGCGUAAGACGGACUUAUGCCCGGGUACAAUUCGAAUCGCUUGCCCCGGAGUCACGGAGCUCCAUGUGUGGUGGAGUGGAAAUAACGGGAUCCUCAGGGCAUGGAGUGCGCCUGAUGGUCUUGCCAAGCUGGAGAAUCUUAAGGACGUCUACAUUCGCAGUAGCCAAUCCGACUUUCUCGACUCGCCAGACAGGGUAGAUGCAAAUAUUAAAGCAUUCAAGGAUGCGUUAGAAACCGAGCGGAUCAAGUUUAAGGAGUGGCCAGCUAUCACAGUCCAUGUUCCGGAUUUCAGGGCGAACAGGUCAACGGAAGUAAGCUCAAAUACGGCUUUCCCGCCGAAUUUAGUGAACCCGACGCCCUCAGCGGGACAUGAUUGGCUCAAGACCAUGGACCGUUUCGUCGGCGGUAUGAAGGGUAUCGCUCUAGAUACAAAUGACAAAAGCAUCCCGAUGGAGCUUCGCGGCGACGUCAAGAUAGCAUUAAUCGACGACGGCGUAGAAUUGACGGAUCGGAUGCUGACUGGUUGUAUUUACGACGGAUGGAGUUGUAAUAUGGAUUACGAAGGUAAUGACUACUACGGAAUCAAGCGGUCUUACGGGAACUCGACCACACAACAUGGCACCCUAAUGGCCUCGAUGAUCCGUAGGGUAUGUCCGAGGGCUAAGAUCUUCGUCUUCAGACUCGAAGUCACCUCCGACGAGGGUAAGAGGGCGCAUUUCACCGCGAAAAGUGCGGCGGAGGCGGUUGAGAAAGCUGCCAAUGGCGACUUCGAUAUUAUCUCUAUGUCAUGGACGGUUAAGAUCGACUCGAAGAAUAAAAGGGAUACAGAUAGAUUAUCUGAAUCUCUAGGCAAAGCCGGGAAGAAGGGGAAACUCAUGUUUUGCGCUGUUCCGGACAGUGGCGACAAGGCUGCAGAAGAAAUCAAACAAUUCCUCCCGGUAGGCUGUGUAGUGGCUGGUACGAAGAUCUUUAAAAUCGGUGCCUCCAAGGCUGAUGGGAGUACCUGGUUCAUGUCUGGUUUAACCAACACCGAAUUCAGCUUGCCAGGCCACGAGGUUGACAAACACACAAGCUCCCAGAUUCGGUUAGAGAAAGAGGAUCUCAAAACGGGCUCAUCGAUAUCUACUUCCCUGGCGGCAGGACUGGCCGCGCUGAUCCUGACCUGUCUACGCAUUGGAGCGAUCUCUAGGUAUAAACGGGAUAAAAAAGAUUUCGAAAUAAUCAAACCGUGGGUGACGAAGUUUCGCGGUACCGAUGCCAUGAAGGAUAUCUUCACCAAGAUGGCCAGCCAAGGCGAGAGCAACAAGUAUAUUCACGUAUGGUCCACGUUCGGAUCCGCAUCCGAAACAUUGAAGAAGCUCGACUUCGACAUCAAGGAAAAGAAGGAACAGUUGGAGGACGAUCCAGAGAACAAGAACCUGGUAUCUGAGAUUGAAAACUUACAAGGUGACCAGUUACGGGCUAUCGAAAACGUUGCGGAAAUCUUAUUCCACUUAGCGACGUAGAUGGCGUGUGUAAAUUCUUACCGUGCUGCCGUGUCGCGUUUUUCUUCAGUGGCUAAGAGACCUAAGCACUAAGUUAUAGCGAUUAUCCACUAAAGUUUAGCGCAUCGAUCACUAUCAGGUCUAGGUUAGAUUUAGCUGCAAAGAUAGGAGAUCUUACAACGAUAUAUCCGACAACACCGAUAUCUCCGUAGCAAUUGUAUUUAUUAGGAAAGCUUUACGACAGUAACCUAA